AUGCAUAAUUACUCGCACUCAUCGCUCACUACACUCGUCAACUACCAUUUCUCAAACCCUCAGGACACGCGUCUCCUUCGUUCAACUCGUUCCUUCAAUUUCUUGGUUUCUCUUGCUUUGAGACAAGCGGCUUUCGGCACUGCUGCACGUCUUCUCAAUGCCAUGAAAGCCGAGUCGGUCCUACCAAAUCUCGAAACGUGGAAAUUAACUGUAAGGUGGUUGGUACGGACUGGCAGAUGGGACGAGGCUAUGAGACGUGUUCAACGUGUUAUGAGAAGAGAGCGGUGGCCAGAAGAGUUGGGCUUACGAUCUGGGCAUCAGGAUGGACUACCAUUGCCUCUGUGGAUGGAGUUUUUCGGCUCUUUGAAACGCGGUGCUCUACGACGGUGGGUUAAAAUUCCGCAACGGCGAGGCUAUGGAUGGAAGUCUGCGAACUUCAGAUGCGUGGUCUUGCAAACAUCCACGGUCUCUGGUUCAAUGCAGGUUUCUCGCUAUCGUUCUCUUAUGAACAUGUUUCCACUCGUUGCCUCGCCCGAAUAUUCUCAGCUGCCACCAAGGGCCGUCUUUUUCAUCGCGCAGGCUAUGAUUCAGUUGGGAAACCACGUCAAGGCGCUCGAAUCUACUUCAUUAUACUUCCAAACGCUCCCCAGGAGACUCAGCCGCAGACAACAGCACGCAGUGCUGGAUAUCAUUCACCUGCACAUCAGGGCUGUAACUGAGAAAUCAGGACUUGGUCGACAUUUCGCCCAACGUCGUAUUAUCUCCCAUCUACUUUCAGCUCACCCUGGGAUCCGACCAUCGUCAAAAACACUAUUUUUAAUCCUCGCAAGUCUCCGGUCUUGCAAACGAUGCGGGACUGUCGCCAUGAAGUGCCUCAAAACCUUUCGCACGCGGUGGGGUCCGCGCACAGAAUCCAGCGUUGUCAGGCGGCGGAUCGCUAGUCUUUCCAUCAAAGAAGGACGUCUUGAUAUCGCCGCGGUUAUGCUCGAAUCUGAGCGAACACUUCGCUUGCAGAAGCAAUCAUGGCGAACGCAACGGGACAUUACGGGAGGGGCAUCCCCUCGGGCUUUUACCAGGUUACUUAGACGGCCAACUGGAAAGAUUUUUCAUGGAAGGGGAGCCGAGAAUAGGAAAUGGCAGGCGUUGAAGAGGAAGGUUUCAAUGCUGAAGCAAAGAAGAGUCGAGGAUUGUGCAGUGACGUACCGAGUAACUUAG